ACACGUAAACUAAUGUUCGACUGCUCUUUCUCUGAAAGUUGUGUUCUGUAUCCAUCCCUCUUUAGCAAGUGUAAGAACGAACGGGCAGAAAGUUAUACUGCUGGAAUUUGUUAGAGAAAGAAAAAACAAUAAUAAAUAUAUUGCUUUCAUUCCAAACAAAGUUUAAGUGCUCCAAAAUAUCAUUAACAGUUGAGGAGGUUUUGAAUCUACGUUGGGAGACCAGGCAGAGAGAAUAUUUUGGUGUGGUCUGGUUGCGUAAAAGGCACAAUGGAAGACCUCACCAAAAAUAUAAUUUUUACAAAUGCUAUAAAUGGGCAGCCGGCCACUAUUCAGUAUCAAACAGCGGAUGGCACUAUACUCAAACAACCAAAAAUCGAGGGUCAAAAACCAGAUCAGCAGCCGACCUUCUACUACACAACAAAUGGCAAUGGGGGAACUGUCAAUCUUGCACAGCUAGCCACCACGGAUGACAACAAGACGUGCUACAUAGCUCAACCGGUGGGCGGCUACAACUACGCCCUGGUCAAUGGGAUGCCGCUCAACCAGGGCGCAGCACUAGGAAUCGCUACUGUGGACGCCCAAGGUCGCAUUCAGAUCGUCAAUCAGAACAAGCCUAUUGCAGCAAAUACUAUAUCUAACAUUAGCUUCAAGUGUGACGUUUGCUCGGAUAUGUUUCCCCACCUAGCUUUGCUUAACGCCCACAAGCGAAUGCAUACAGAGGGAGAGCAGCAACAACAGCAUAGCGCCCAGCAGAGUGGCAGCGAGUCAAUAGCAGUGGUCAGUGCCCAGGGUCUGGUUCAGGCCCAAAACAUCAUCGGAAAUGGACAGAUGGGUCAGAUACAGAUAGUUUCUUCUGACACGCUAGAGCCAGUGCAGCAGUCUGUGAUGCAGCAGCAGCAACACGAGUCCAAAUCGAACAAGUGCAUCAACUGCGGAAGCCCCUUACUACAACAGGCCAAGCGCAAAGGUUCAAAGCAAUCGCGUUGCGAGUCUUGCAUGCAGGCCGAACAGGCGGCACAGCAACAGCAACAGCAGCAGCUUUUUGUGGCGCAAGACGGUCAAAUGGCGCAUCCCGUGCAGAUCAUAUCCACAACUCCUCAGGCGCAGGCACAGUUGCAGCAAAUUGUGGCCGCGCAGACGGGUGGUACAACUCCCAAGAGGGAGCCGAGUAGUGGGUCCGGCCAUCACCCUGUAAAAAAACGAAGUUCCCAGCAGAUGACCAAAUGCCAGAAGUGCAACGGCUCCGGAGUGGUGCUAGUUGGGCAGCACUCCCACGCCGCACAUAGCGGGGUAGGCGGGUCGGUAAAGCAAUCAGUUACUGUUAAAACUGAGUGUUCGUCCUGCAGGAAUCCGUCGAAACCCUUCAGUUGCAAUAUAUGUGGUGGACUUUUUUCACGCUACUCAAGUCUGUGGUCACACAAAAAGCUGCACAGCGGAGAAAAAAACUACAAGUGCAGCAUCUGUGGACUGGCUUUUGCGAAAGCCGUUUAUUUGAAAAAUCAUGCCCGCAUCCACACCGGUGAAAAGCCCUACAAAUGUCAAACCUGCGGCAUGCAGUUCUCACAAUCACCACAUCUUAAGAACCAUGAACGCACGCACAGCGGCGAACGACCCUAUGUGUGCGGAGUGUGCGACAAAGGAUUUGCACGCCACGCUACACUUUGGAACCAUCGGCGAAUUCAUACGGGCGAAAAGCCAUACAAAUGUGAAAUUUGCGGAUCGGCUUUUUCACAAGCGGCGCACCUUAAAAACCAUGCCAAGGUGCACUCCGGGGAGAAGCCCUACAAAUGCGAGAUUUGCUCGGCGGCGUUUGCUGAUCGUUUUGCACUUAAGCGCCACCGCGGUAUACACCAAAAGUACGGCCAAACUGCUCCACGUCAGGCUAGUAGCGACGGAAUGAUAGUACACAAGCAGGAGAUUCCAGACAUGGAUGACGAAGCCCAACAGGAGGUGAUAAUUGGCGGGUUAUAGAUAAGUAUAACGACUGCAAAUGCCAAGGCGAUCGGCAGCUUAUCGGAGCUAGCCGAGCAAAAGCUUUCAUCUGACUAUGAGGCAGGAGCUUACACUGCUCAACACUUUCCCGGAGGCUACGAUGACCGCCUUCAUUAGUUGCAAAGACAUCGCGGAAAGCUGUUUUUGUGUGGACCAACUAAGCUCCAUUAUUCGCACGACGAUUUUGGCAUCGCAUAAUUUACUCUAAAUUUCCUGUAGGCUUUAUAAAAUUGGGCGAAUCCCAAAAACGCUUUUUUACGUUAAACAAACGAAUAAACAUAAUUUAUUUGGUAGCUUGUAAAAUAUAUUUCGAUUAUAAUUAUGAAGCGCAUAUGUACAUGUAUUAAUAUAUGUAUAUGGUAUAGUAUCUUUAAGUGUUAUAGACUAUUUCCUUAUGCAAAUUGUAGUUGUAAUUAAAUGGAUUUAACGGAAAUAACAAGACGGUGAAGAAACGUGCGAACCCAAAAAAAAAAAAUACGUAAGAAUAUGCGCAGGAUAUAUAUAUACGUAUAUAUAUAUAUAUAUAUACAAGGCGUUUAAUUAUAAGAUGAAAACUAUUUAAAUACAAAUUAUGAACUUAUAAGUAAGUAUUAAAUAAUACUACUGAUAUACAUAUUUGAAUAAAAUAACAAUUUUUACUAACCCAA